AUGGCCAAGAACAACAACAACCUCGAGAAGCUUUCCGACGCUCCACUGGAGUUUUUCAAGGACGGCACGGCCUUCCUGUCCAAGUGCAACAAGCCCAACCAGCGCGAGUUCCUGCAGAUCAUCCGCGCUGUGGGUAUCGGCUUCCUGGCCGUGGGCGUGAUCGGCUACGCCAUAAAGCUCAUCCACAUCCCAAUCAGACACCUCAUUGUAUAG